AGUGAGAGGAGUCUACUCGACUUGAGGACAGCUCUUUAAUCUCCUCUGACAGGCAAGGGUUCUGCAUUCAUUGCUUGGCUCUGUCAGCUGCACUAGUACGGUGACUGCUGUCUUUUUUAUAAUCUAAAUCUAUCUUGUCAAUCUAUAUUACAAACACUGGAACUAUGAGCUGGGAAGAUUGGGGAAGAUGUUUAAAAGAAACCCAGACUGGCGCUAUUGCUGCGAAUGAAUGCGGUAUAUAUUCGUUAGAGGGACUUCCAUGGUACACCAGUAAUAAACAGCUGGACUCGGAAACCGUUAAGGAAUUAGCAAAAGUUUUUAGUGAUGCAAGUGUAUGCUCCGUUAUGUAUCGAGGCUCUAAGUACUUUAAAAUACAAAUUGAUGAGAACAUGGCAAAGUUUAAGUGUUCUGAACGUGGAUUGGUGGUUGGGUUAGGUAAUGGAUUUAUUCUUGUAGCAGAAACCGAUGGGCCAUCAAACCCAUUGUGUAAUUGUGUAGUGGCUCUUAAUCAUGUUUUACAAGCUCUCAACAAUGCUCAGAUAGGCCAGUGAUCAAACAGAAACGAACUUCAUUCAAGUGUAUGGCUUUUUCUCCACAUUUACAUUCCUUCAUGAUCUAAAUAUCUGCAUGACAGCAUCAAAUUAUAAAUAUUCAAAAAUUUUUUAAUGGAAAAACAUAAUAUAAAUGGCAUAACUUAGCAAACCUUACAUAAUAACCCAAUAAAAUUGUUCAUGCAUGUAAUCUUUCAAUUAAAAGGCUCUUGUGGUGUUAUAAAACCCUCAAGAGUUAUGUCUUUGUCUUUUAAUUUUAGCUAUAAGUGUUAAUUGGUUUUCAUUAGCCUAAUGCAAAACAGCACAUUGUAUCGCAGUUUUGGCAAUAAACAUCUCUAUGUAAACUA